UCAAUGUCAAAGUCAAGCGUCGUUACAGCCACUGGGACCGGGUAACCCAAUUUUUCCAUUUUAUAGCAAAAAAAUAAUAUGAUAUAAUCCAAAUAUUUAUACAAAAACCCAUAAAACUACUAAGCAAACAUUUUCAGCUUAUUGGCAUAUAAUAAAAUUCAAUAGCCUAUUAAAAUUAUUGCCUAACAUUCCACAUCAGCAGGUUCCACCCUAUCCAGCACAAGCAUCCUCUGUUUAAAAUGCCUUCCCGAAAAGCCCCCAUUGACGAAGCUCUGCUAGCACAAAGAUUAGCUGAAUUUACUCCUGAGCCACUGGUGAAAUACCACAGUCAAAAAUCGAAACAUGAAAUUGAAAUCCCAGGUAUUGUGGAAGAUGAUAACACCAUUGACUUAGCAAAAACUAACUUUUUAAAUAUUUUAAAUAAUGAGGAUAUUAAAAAGAGGUGUGAAGCAACUAUAAGGAAGUAUGGUGUUGGUACAUGUGGACCGAGAGCCUUUUAUGGUACAACCGAUGUACACCUUGAACUUGAAGAGCACAUUGCAAAAUUUUUAGGAAUGCAAGAAUCAAUAGUUUAUUCCUACGGUUUUGUCACCAUAUCAAGUUCCAUUGCCGCAUAUUGCAAAAAAAGCGAUAUUGUGUUUACAGACAAAAAUUGCAAUGUACCAAUACAGCAAGGGUUACAAAUGGCCAGAAGCAGAGUAAUAUACUUUGAUCAUCAAGAUCCAAAAUCAUUCUCUGAUGCAGUAGGAAAGGUUGUUCAACAAGAAAAUGAAAUGAAAAAGAAAUUCAGAAAAUUUCUAGUUGUCGAAGGUGUAUCCUGGAAAACUGGACAAGUACUCCAAUUACCUGAGUUUCUAAAGGUCUGUGAGGAUAACAAAAUAAGGGUGUUUUUAGAGGAAACUUAUUCUAUUGGGGUUUAUGGAGAAAAUGGGAGAGGUUUAAUGGAACAUUUUAAUAUUGAGCCUUGGAGAUUAGAUAUGGUUAUUGCCACUUUGGAGGCAGCCAUUGGAUCUAUUGGUGGAUUUUGUGCAGGAUCUCAUACUACAAUAGAACACCAACGUCUCUCGGGUAGCGGCUAUAUUUUCUCAGCCUCAUUACCAACUUUCCUAGUACAGGCUUGUAUUGAGUCAAUAAACCUACUUGAAGCUAAACCACACCACAAAUUAAGAAAACUGGCACAAAACACACAUGAUAUGCUUCUUGACAUUGGUUUUGAAGUGCAAAGUGAUCCUAUAUGUCCUUUUAAGGUAUUUAAUGUGCCUGUUGAUAAACCAGAAAGUAGAAAACUGAAGGAACAAAUGAUUCAUGAAUAUUGCAAGCAUAAUGGCCUACAUUUUAUUUUAAACGAUGACAGUUUGGUGAUUAAUUUAAAUGUGGUUCUGUUUGAGGAUAAACAGAGAUAUGGAAAAAUCGAAGACAUUUUGAAAAAAGCAUAUGGAAAAGUGAUGGAAGGUUAGGUGAUAUUAUAUCUUUAAAUCAUGUUGAAAAAUGCACAAUCAGCACAUUCCUUAAAAACUAAAAUGUUUAAGCCAAAAAUAUGAGCUGUUAAGUAGUAUUUAUAUGUUAUAUAGUAUUAUGUAUGUCAAUCAGCUUGCAAAUGACUAGUUAUACAACAUUUUUAACAGUUGUUGGGUAUUAUGGUAAAAGUAAAGUUUAUUUAUGCUU